AUGGUGGAGAAGUGGAUCCGGCACGUGAAGAGGGACUUUCUCGAUGCCGCAACGACCAAGUGCGUUGGGUUGGACUGCGAGUUCACCGACCCUCGCAAGAAGAAAACCGGUGAGGAGCAGCGCGCCGCCGUACUUCAACUCUCGGUGGAGUCCGAGACGUUGGUGUUCCAGAUGAUUCAUGCCGAUAUAAAAGUGCCACAAGUGCUCAAGGAUUUCUUGGAGGACGGGAACAUCAGAUUCUGUGGCGCCGCUAUCGGCAAUGAUGUGAAAAAGCUAAGACUCGAGGGCAUUCACAUCACUUCUGCGUACGACCUCCAGAAGAAGAAGAAGUACAACCACAAGAAGAAGAUGGAGGUCGCCGCGCAAGAAAAAGAAGAGGAGCUCAUUUUUGGAUGGGCCAACUAUCCAUUGAGCUACGAGCAAGUGCACAUGCAGCAAUAG